UCUUAUGCUCGUUUAGUAGGUUAGCCUCCUCUUACCGGUGCGAUUCUUAUGGCGUACAAGUCGCCAGGUCCGCUGGCUGGCCUAUAGGGCCGUUUCUACUCCCUCGUCCCCUGCACCGUUAGUAACGCGCUUCACUCUAUUUCCCCUCGCGCACACUCUCAUUGGUUCGCCAGUAGACCAUAGGGUCGCCAGUAGAACAUAGGGUCGCCUGAGGCGCGCCGAGCAAUCUGCCUGCAUGCAGGCGGAGCGCACCCACGCUCAGCAAUGGACCCUCUCGUCCGCCUCCUCCGCCCGCCUCCCGCGCAUCGCAAAUCCCCCCCGCCUCGCCAAUCCCCCCCGCCUCGCCAAUCCCCCUCGCCUCGCCAAUCCCCCUCGCCUCGCCAACCCUCCGCGCAUCGCCCCGCGCUUGAAAGACCCGCCCUGCCUGACUGCCGCUCCGCCACCCGCGGGUUCCGCCACUUCCGGGCCUUCCGGGACCUCCGCGCCAGCCCCGCCUCCCCUUGCGGCGCAGAGCGCGGGGGAGCGGGGCGUGCUUGCGGUCUACGAGGCGCUGUCGGCGCGCGAGAGGCGCAAGCUGCGCUCCGCGCUGUUCCCCUGAGAGCGCGCGCGGCGGAAUCGGACAGCGCGGUCUGGCAGGCGAGCUGGGGGGUGCUGGCGCGCGCUGUUGCGCAGGAAUUGGGGUGGUGAGAGUGGGUAAAGGAGGAGCAGGGGCAGCAGUAGAGGGGCCAACAGUAGGGGGAGCAGUGGGGCCAGCAGAGGUGGAGGACAUGGUGUGGGCGCCCUUUGUCAAGUACCACCAGCUGCUGCUGACUGCCCACCACUGGAGCAGUUUCGUGCCCCUAUUGCUAAAGCUGGUAAGCAACGCGAAGGCAUGGUAGAGAUAUGGUACAGGUACGGUAGAGGUACGGUAGAGGUAUGGUAGAGGUACGGUAGCGGUAUGGUAGAGGUAUGGUAGCGGUACUGUUGCGGAAUGGUAGCAGGGCAGCAGCAGGGGCAGCAGUGGGGCCAGCAGAAGCAGGGAUCAUGGUACAGGCGCCCACAUACCUGCCCCUACAUGGCACAAGGUGACUUUUGAGUCGACUCAAAAGCAGCAGGGGCAGCAGUGGGGCCAGCAGAAGCAGGGAUCAUGGUACAGGCGCCCACAUACCUGCCCCUACAUGGCACAAGGUGGCGAGGCACGGAGCGCUGCUAUUGGGCAAGCGCAGCAACGGGCAGCUGGUGAAGAACACGAGCCACUGGCUGCUGCACUGCGCGGUCUUUCCACCCGACAAAGCCGUCAGGGAGCGAGCGCUGGUGGGCCUGCUCAUCCUCAUAGCGGUGAGUUGACCUUCCAGAGUCCUUCCUUUGGACCGAUUCAGUGGUGAAGGGCACAGUGCACUGCCUGCUGCUCUGCGUGGUCUUUCCGCCCGGCCAGGCCGUCAGGGAGCGAGCAUAAGUGGUCCCGCUUGUCCUCAUAGCGGUGAGUUGGCUGUUGAGAAUACAAGUGUCGAGGAGCGCGAUUCACUGGCUGCUGCACUGCACGGCCUUUGCAG